GUGUGAAUUCUGCUAGAAUGGAGGGAUGAAGCAACACUGCAGAGAAGCAGACCCCUUCUUCGGGGUCACCCGCUUCCCGUCGCCACACCUUCCCCAAAAAAGCCUCUUCCCCUUUCUGUGGGAAAGAAGAACCUGCCGGGCUCUGCUCUCGCUCUGCCCCUGCUUCUCACUUUCACUCCCGUGGGUUUCACCUUCCCCGCGCCGGGCGGAAAAGCCUGCGGAGCCGCUGCAGCCCAGCAGGGCCGAUCCUGGUCCCACCCAGCGGGACUUUCCUGGUUCCUCCUGCAGGAGGGGGCUGGCAGGAGCGGCAGGAGCGGCCGGGCAGCGCGGGCAGCGAGCGCUCCGGGUUUCUACUGGCAGGCGCCACAGGAGCUGCGGCGGUGCCCGGCUCCCCGCAGGACGAGCCCGGCGCUGCUGCCAUGGAGAGCGCGGUGGGGACGAUGGAGGCGGAGAUGGGCGAGGAGGCUCCGGCAGCCGGGCUGCAGCUCCGCAGGGACCUGCGCAGGAUCCGCUGCGCCCUGCUGCUGUGCCUGCUGGCCGUGCUGCUGCUCAUGCUGCCCACCGCCUACCUGCUGCUCGGACACCUGCCCCGCUCCUGCGGCACCCAGGUCUCAGAGGAGAGGGGCUCUCGCUUUCUGAAGCAACGAGCAGUGGCUGCCGUUACAGACACCCUUUCCAGUGCAGAGAAGCCACGAGCUCACCUGACAGUGAAGAAGCAGGACCUGGCCAGCGCCGUGGGGAGCCACCUGCCCAUCCUGCAGUGGGAGGACAAGCGGGGCCUGGCCUUCACCAAGAACAACCUGAGCUACUCCAGCAGCGCUCUGGUGAUCCCAGUCUCUGGGGACUACUACGUGUACGCCCAGGUCACCUUCCGCGGGCCCGUGGAGAGCAGCCACAAGCCCAGCUCUGUCACUGAGAUCAUCACCAAGGUCACUGACAGCUACCCCGAGCCCACCCAGCUGCUGACGGGCACCAAGACCCUCAGUGAGAACGGCAACGGUUGGUUCCAGCCCAUUUACCUGGGCGCCGUCGUCUCCUUGGAGGUGGGAGACAAGCUGAUGGUCAACGUGAGUGACAUCAAGCUGGUGGAUUACACCAAGGAGCACAAAACUUUCUUUGGGGCCUUUCUGCUGUAGGGCUCUGGCAGCAGCUGAGGGGGAUCCCUCCAGGGCAUCGGGGGGACCUCGUUGGACUUUGGCUCUGUGGGCGCGUGUUGGGGGGACAUCUCUGCUGGUUUCCUUCUUCUCCUUCUUCUUCUUCUUCUUCUUCUUCUUCUUCUUCUUCUUCUUCUUCUCCUUCUCCUUCAUCUUCAUCUUCUUUGUCUUCUUCAUCCUCUUCUUCUCCUCCUCCUCCUCCUUCUUCUUCUUCUUCUUCUUCUUCUUCUUCUUCUUCAUCUUCAUCUUCUCCUACUUCUUCAUCUUCAUCUUCAUCUUCAUCUUCAUCUUCAUCUUCAUCUUCAUCUUCAUCUUCUUCUUCUUCAUCCUCUUCUUCUUCUUCUUCAUUGUCGUCUUCUUCAUCUUCUUCAUCUUCUUCUCCCCUGCAGCUCACUAGAGCCUUAGUGUAAUGGGUAGGGAAAGGUGAAGCUGCAGGUUGAAGUGAAAUAACCCUCCCAAAAAAAGCCAACAAAAACCAACCAAAAACUAAUUAACUAAAAAAACAAAAAAAAACAAAAAACAAAAAAACCAACCAAAAAACCCCCCCAAAAAAAAAAAUAAAAAAACCCAAAAGAACAAAAUAAACAAACAAAACCUAAAUCAACCAAAACAAUAGCAAAACCAAUAAAAAAAACUCCAAAACAAACAAAGAAACAAAAGCCAAAACAGAAAGAUGAAGCUCGUAUUUGAGGGAAAACAAAAUGUAUUUUUGAAAGCAAAAGUUGAAAGUUUUUCAAAAUUUUAUAAGCUAAGGAGGAAGGGUUGAUACCUGUGGGUAGGAGUUUUCAUCUUGAGUUUUGAGCUAGGCUAUGUCACUAAUUCCACCUUCAAUGUAUAAUUUCCUCAAGUCCAAGAAAAAAAAAAAAAAAAAAAAAAAAGAAAAGGGUUUUUGAGCUUUCUCCAGCACUUCCACUAUAGUUUUGCAUGACCCUUCUUCAGAUUCUCAUUUCUAAAAGAUAAUUACUUCUCAUAAUUUCCUUAUGAAUAGAUUUACUCAGUACUUUCCACUAACAUAAAGCUCAGGUUAAUUAUUAACUGCUUAAUUAAUCCCGUCCAAUUUUCCUGUAAAGUAGAUUAAAAUUAUAUCUUGUGCUUUGCAGAAGCUACUUGAGAUUUUUGGUUUUUCCAAAAAAUCCUUUACAGUUCUCUAAGUCCAUAUACAGCCUCCAAGUGUUCUGGAAAAGGUCUAGGGAACACACAAAACACUUUCUGUUUCAGCAUGAACAGGGAAUGUCCCCUCCAGGUCCUUAUUUUAGGAGAACAGAAAAAAAAAACAA